AUGGUUUGGAUCGAAUUUAUUGCCAGGAUAUGCAGCUCGUUUGGACUGCUGGAUCAGCCUGAGGUAUGGGCUACAAAGCUCGGAGUCAGCAUCGGCGAAGGGAGUUAUUGCAAGGUCAAACUAGUUACCUCACUGAAGCAUGCCGAUCAAGUAGCCGUUAAAAUAGUCGACCGCAAGAAGGUGCCAAGCGAGUUCGUCUCCAAAUUUUUGCCGCGGGAACUUGCCAUUCUAGUUGAUAUCGUUCGUGUUUACGAGCUCAUUGAGAUAUGCAGUGGCCAGCUAUACGUCAUUAUGGAACCUGCUACAAUGGAUCUCCUGCAGAAAAUCCAGGAGGUGAACUGCAUCUCUAAUGACCAAGCCAGGACUUGGUUCUCUCAGAUGGUUAGCGCCGUGAGCCAUCUACAACAGAACGACGUUGUCCACCGCGAUCUGAAGUGCGAAAACGUGCUGUUGACAGCUGACAACAAGUCAAAAAUCACGGACUUUGGUUUUGGACGCGUCGCAAGAGGAAACCCUGAACUAAGCACAACGUACUGUGGCUCUGUCGCAUACGCUCCCCCCGAAGUACUUUCGGGUGUGCCCUACGAUCCAAAAACGUAUGUGUUUAGCCUGGGCGUGAUUCUGUACGUCAUGGUCACCGGGUGCAUGCCCUUCGAUGAUUCCACCGUGAGCGAGCCGCCCUUCCUUCAGCGAAAAGCUCUGGUGUUCCCCGAGGAGGACGCAGUCUAGGAAGCAUGCCGCGCCCUCCUCUCGCGUAUGCUACACUUCAGCCCCUCCUCCCAGCCGUCAAUCACAAGUGUGACCCAGCAGCCUUGGUUGCAGUAACCAAGAAGAAAUGCUUGAAGUAAACGACGUGUUGGAACUUGGGUCUCUUUUGCACGGGUUUUCAUUUAACGCGUUGGCAACUUGUGCAAAUGCUAAGUUCUUCCACUCAAAUAUAAAUGGGAAAGGCCAAGCCAGCCAUUUUUAGGCUUAGUGAGAUCUAUGCAAACCUGGAGUAUAGCCUAGACAACGAGUUUUACUUGGUUUACCAAACACCGGUCAUUGCAUCCUUUUAGUGUCUGCAGGUAGUGAUGUUCAGUCACCUCUACUGUAGUAGACACCCCUCAUCCCCCUACCCAAGGAACAUAUGGUGGACUAUGAAUAUUAACCCUGCCUGACCAUGACUUAUGGACAAUCUCAAAAUGCUCCAGCUUUUCUUCCCGAUAUACAAACUACAAAACUUCAGUUUGGUUCAAAAUGCAAUUAACCCCAUUGACACCUGCACAAUUUACCACAGUAAAGCAUACAAUAGAUUAAAUCCAGUUUUUAUUAUAAUUGUUAACUAAUAGACCAAAAAUAAAUGGAAAAGGCAAACUUUUUUUUUUGUACAACUCCUAAAAGGGAGACGGGACUGCAAAUAGUUCCGGCGUCCCUGGCCAAUGGAAUGGUGUUCAUUUUCAGCAGCAGCAGGCGGCGGCAGUAGUCAGAACAGCAGUGUGAAACAGAGCCCACCACACCCUACAGGCAGCUAGGAUCCAAUCAGACAGGUGCUUGUGGAAGAUAAAGACCAGCAAAUGGCAGCUAUAAUGAUGAACUUGUUGGGAGGGGUAGAAGGCAGUAGCACUGUUGAUCAGGGAACAUCACCCCUUCCUCUAACUUAGCCCAAAUCCCAGAUGCUCUGCCAGCAGCCAAAUUAUCUUAUAAAUAAUAGGGUAAAAUGGGAAUAAUUUCAGAGUGGAGUUUCAUCUAGUUUUUCAGUCACAUGAAAGCAGUGAAUCAUUGUAUCAAACGCCCACUGUUCCAAUGAGCAAGUAUUUGUGUGGUCUAUGUAAUGCUUUCUUUCCAGCAUUAAACACACACCUGGCAGCCUAAUUAUUUUCUGACAGAAGUUCAUAUAGAGAUAUUCUGAGAAUCUCCAUUGCUAAAUAGUCUUCAACUGAUGAUUGAAACUAAUACAUGGUGGGGAAAAACUAAAAUAAUCUUGUAGUUCAAACAAAUUGAGCAACUGGAGCAUCCUUCAUUUAAAAGCAAAUUACAUAAGUGUAGAUUUAAAUAUCCCCAUGUACUGUCAGAGCCUAAAAGCAGCCAAAAUUAAGGGGGGGGGGGGGGGAGA